UAAUCUCUUCAAUCUUCGCACAGUACCGUUAGUUUACACCAAGCUCUUGGUUCUUCCACUGUACUAUAAGCCUUCAUUAUUCUAGACUUGAAGAUUUCUCGAAUCGAAAUGGCUACAACAGUGUCCGCCGUUUCACCGUCCUACGCGACCGGGAUCACGUCACGAGGCAUCAUCAUACAAAGUAAGGCACCAUCUCUACCAUCAUUGCACCGCCGCAGCACAGCAGCCGGCGGUGGCCGCGCCGUCCAGUGCCAGGCCAAGGAUAACUCUAACGAUGGUGAAUCCGGACCAGUCCUCAACCUUCGAGAAGCGAUACCUGAAGCAAAACAAGAACUGAAAGCCAAGGGAAAAACCUUCUGGGAUGCGAUGUCGUUCAGUGGACCGGGCCCUGAGAGGAUCAACGGCCGGCUUGCUAUGGUCGGGUUCGUCUCGGCCGUCGCGGUCGAGGUUAUGCGAGGAGAGGAUCUGGCGGCUCAGCUCGCAAACGGAGGCGUGUUAUGGUUCGCCGGCGCGGCGGCGUUGCUCUCGGUGGCCUCCCUGGUUCCGUUAUUUCGCGGCGUGGACGCGUCGGACCGGUCCGAUGCGCCCAUGACAGCUGAUGCGGAGAUAUGGAACGGCCGGUUUGCUAUGCUGGGGCUUGUUGCUCUUGCUGCCACUGAGUAUGUUAAGGGUGGCCCGCUCGUCUAGGAGAAAUUAUUAAGUGCGAUCAUCGCAUCGUAGAGAGGUCAAUAAG